CAGGGAUAUGAACCGGUAUCAGAUGUCAGACCUUCCCCCCCCCUUCCCCAGCCCGGAAUGGUAGUGUCGGAUUCGCGAACUGUCACGCGGGGGGAGACUCUGAAGCUAGACAGUACCAUGGAAGAGGGAGGAAUUAGUUUAUAUUUUGCACUGGAAACAUGGCAGCCUUACAUACUUCACCGAUGAACCCAUUCCAAGAAUUUAUGGGGGUAUUGCCCCUGCAACAAGCAAAGGAGACUGAGAAGUUGGACAUGCAGCAGAGCCUAAAUGAGAAACCUUCAUGUAUCUUCUGCCAGUGAACAAUCAAUGCUAGAAAGUCACAUACUGUGUUGCUUAUGUAGACCAAGCUGUACGCCCAGAUGGGCACCUUGUGCUUCCAUUCCAGCCAAGCCCCUUGCCUGCAUCCCCGACGAUGGGCAGAACUCUGUUGAUUUUGAUAAACGGUGGAAAUCAAGCUUUUGGGGUUUCUAAAAUCAGUCUUUUUUUGUUUUUUGGUUUCUGAUUUUCAUCAACAUCAACAGGGUGUUCUGUUCAGUGUGUGGGGGUGGCAGCUAAGGGCUCCACUAACCCUAACUGGACUCUAAUGAUGAGGUCACCAUCUCACCCUAUAUCCUCAGUGACUAAAUAGGGAUUUUAAUGGAAAUCAGGCUUUUCUAAGUUUCUGAUUUUCACCAAAAUCAAUAGGGUUCUGCCCAUUGAUACCUAGAGGAUUUCCUGAGCUUCUGGAAUUGAUCAGGUGUGAUUUGCAACAAUGAUCAUGUUAGACACACAAAUAAAUGCCAUUAAGUUGAGUGUGAGGGGUUGCUUCACUUGGCCAACUAAACAUAACUUACCAUGGUUUGGGCUGUUCUAAUAAGGGCAUGAUGCUGAGAUUUCAGCAGUUAAGAACUGCUCAGAUGCGGGAGAGGUUCCUUAACAUAAAUACUGUCUCAGUGUGCCCAAUUGGCAGUAUGCAGAAAGUGAACCAGAAAAUUGCACAUUUGCGACUGGAGCUGGAAAAAUUCCACACUGAUGACCUGGUGAUUGAGGACUUGGAAUCAUUAAAGAGAGACUCUGGACAGAAAAGCUUCAGAAGAGAGAAAAAGCACUUCAAGACAUCCAGGGACAGAGACAGAGAUAGGAAGGAGAUAUGCCACUUUGCACAAAAGUAUGAGCACUCUAUGCAUGCGUCAGACUUGGACCCACUCUCUCAGCCCAAGCUCACCUACAAGAAGGUAACUGAUCAGACCUUCCCCUUCUUAUCACUAGAGCCGGGUCUACACUACAAACUGCCUCAGAAUACAUCAGAAAAGAACAAGCUGGUGGAACUGUAUCAAUACCCAGGGUACAACGAGCAUGAGCCAACACCGCUGCCUAAUGGGACGGAGCUGGCUGAAGUCAUAGAGAAGGUGGUGUGUGCCCAGAGAAAGUCAGCAAGUGGGAAGACUCCUUUUCCUUCAAAGAUGCUGCAGAAGUUUCUCACAACUCCAGUCUCCCAGGCUAUCCUGUUGGACAGCUUCUGGUGGUUUUUUCUCCACUUAUAUCAGCCAAAUAGAGAGAUUCAGGGAUGGCUGUUUGAUCGCAUUGCAAAGAAUUAUGCCGCCCUCCUGUUUGACUGUCACAGGUUCUGCUACCAGAAUGCUCUUAUUAAAGUUUUCCCUUCAUUGCUGAGCCAAACCUUGUACACCUGCUUCUGCUCCAGCUUUCCAAGAUCCUGGUUCAAUACACAUGAGUUCAAGUCCCAGCUCUGCAAUGUGCUGUCAGAGUGGAUGGCAGGGACACUGCCUGUCCCAGGGAGCUACAGUAACUGGGACUACUCCCAUCUGGAACCAGAGAGAUUUAGGAGGGAAGACUUGCUGUCAACAAAGGGAAAGCAGAGGAGAGAAUCCUGUGUCCCCUUUGCUUCCUCAAAGGCUUCUGGCAACCCAGAAAAGACUCCUCAGCCAUCCAUUCAACCAUACAAGAAAUCCAUGGCUUUGGGCCAAACUGUCAACAAGUACCAACCUGAUCAAACAAGUGUGGACCUCGACUCCAAGGAAGUUGUACAUGCAUCUAUGUCCUUGAAAGGCAUCAAUCCUCAUACCAUGCCACAUGAUCUGCAGCCUGAAAAGGAUGACUUGAAAAGUACUUGGAAGCAGCCCCAACACACAUUUGAAACAAGGCGGCUAAAGAUCGCCCCCUUUCAUAGAGAGUCACACCCAGCUUGUCAGGGCCCUGACUUCACUUGGCAUCUCUUUAACAUCAAUGGACACAGCCCACUAAUUCAGCACUUCCUCCAGAGCUAUAAUGUUGAACCACAGUCUGGACAAGACAUCUUGAUUCACAGGAGGGAGAUCUGCAAGCCUAUACCUACGGAGUCCACCCCAACCUAUGCAGAUGUGAUCCGACAAAGUUUCAAUAAUAUUCGCCAUCUGGACAAUGCCUUCAAAAGAGUGCACCAGAGACACUGCAGAGAAAUGAAAGAUUUUGACCAGCACCAGUGGAAGGAGAAGCAAGAAUUCCUCAGAAAAGAGAAGCAAUUGCUGUCAGAGAAAAGAGAGAUGAAGAAGCUGAACCAAUUGCUGACCCCUCGCCUGGAUGUACUCUUCAGUUCUGACAAGACUUGAAGUCUUGUCAGAAGUGUCUUCAUCCAGAAACAACCAUAAGUCAAACAGCACCCUGAACAACCCAGAAUUCAUGAUUUCCCCCAACGUACAUUGACAUAAAUGUCCAUUCAGACCUUCAUAUGCAUCUUAACCGUGUAUUUUGGGCAGCCCACCCUAGAGCUUUCUCCACCAAUUAGGAACAGACAAACCUGAAAAAAAUAUGAAGAAUCAGUUCACAGAAGUACUCUGAGUUUAAAAGUUUGAUUGAUUUCUAACCUCAUUGAUCUGUAAAACUGGGCUGGAAAAAUCUCAUAACAUUGCAAGAAUGGAAGUAAUAUAUGAGAAUGAAAAGUCACCUGAAUAUUU